GCGACGGGACAGGACGGGACAGAGCGGUGCUGUGAGGAGCCCCCACACAGCGCACUCGUUCGUGUCCGACCCGGAGCUUUUUCCAGACGCUGUUCCUGCAGCUGGCCUUGCGGCCAGACUGUGGCAUUUGGUGACUCGGAUCUUUUCCAAGACAUCUAUCCCUGUGGCCUGUGCACUCCAGGCCAGACCGCGGGAUUUGGUGACCUGAAUCGUUGUUGAGGAGUCUCCUGUGAUUUUGGCAGGAGUCCUCAAGACCAAAGUGCAGGUCUUGCUGCUUGCUGUCCUGCUGCCUUCCUGAGGCUUCUCUCUUGCUGGUGCUUUCAGCAACUGCAAGACUUGUUGACUUGGCAAUAUCCUGAGGAACCUCUAUUUAAGGUGCCCUCUAGGCCAGACUCUGACAUGGCAGGCAGAUUCCUUGGCUUGUUCAAAGUGCUCAGGGGGAAAAAAAAACAAAGGCCCUGGAGCUGCCCCAGCAGAACAGCCUGAAGAGCCGGAGCAGAUCCAGACACUGCAGGAUGAUGCAGCCGUGGAGCGCACACAAGAGCAGCAAUCCAGCCGUGGCCGCUUCCACAGAACCCUGAAGAUGUUCCGGAAGUUUCUGCGAGUUCAGCGCAGAGAGACCGGGACCAGUGCAGCUGAGGGCCCAGCCGAGCCUGACUCGGGGCUGACCGAGCUCCAGGCAGAGCCUGAUGUCAGCCUGGAUUCAGCUGAGCACUUUCAAGACUCUGACACCAUAAUGAAUGAGGACACAGCAAACGGAGACAAGGCAGUGACUGAGGACGUGGCCAUGACAAAUGCCAACACUGGAGAGACUGAAGCCACCGCAAAUCCUGACACCACGCCCACUCCAACUCUGAUCGAGGAAUUAAUACCAGAGUAUUUCAGGGACCCUUGUCUUUCGUCUCAGGAGCAGCUAAGCAGGCUGGGAUCAGGCCUGGAGGCCUCCCAGGACUUUGUGCCCCCUCAAGCCGUGAUUACUGGGGCCCCUCAGCCUUUGAGGCCAGCACAGUGUGGCGGGAAGGGAAGCUGGGGAAGUUGCUCCCUUGAAGAGCGCUCCAAGUUUCCCCCAGGUGUCCUCCAGGUGCCAGCCAUUGUAAGGAACAUCCACCAGAGGCUGGUGUCCCAUGACACUGUGGAUGCCAGGCUGAAAAUUGACAUUGUGAGGCUGGCUGAAGAACAUCCUGUUGAUGUGGUGCUGACCCUCCUGCGCUGUGCCCCAACGUGUGACAGCCAUUUCAGUCCCAAGGAAAGACACUAGUCUGUCCCACUGAAACCUGAAUAUUCACGCCCGGUUUGCCAGAAGAGCUGAAGAAUUAGGUCCAUCUUCAGGAUGCGGUGAACCAGUGUCCCAAGAACAGCACCAGGAGACACUGAACAGGACACCAUCUCCCAUUGCCACUGGAGCUCCAGGCACAGCUGAUGAUUGGUACAGCUGAGCCUGUGGGAAGCUCGCAUGGCUUCUGGCCUUUCCCUGCCUGUAGAUACCUCCCUCCCUCCAGCCCUCAGACACUGCCCAUUCCCUCUUCCCCUCCCAUAUCACCCCUUGUUUUUGGAUUUCAUUAAUAAACGGUUUGGCUUCUUCACUUUG